UGCACUGCUUCAAGUCGGCCGCCGAUCGGUCUGCACAGCGCCGUAUGAAGUCGAGCACAGAUAAUGUCUCCCUGUGACGUCAAUGCAGCACACAACCUCUAACAUCUCCCCUGAAUAAUGAACUUACAGCACUAGACAACGAAUCAGCACAAGAACCGCUAAACACAUCACAAAUAUUUCAAUAUAGGCACAUUUAAUGUGUUUCAGGGUGGAGGUAUCCUUAAAAAUUGUUUUUUUAUUAACUGUAGAAAGGCAGCAGGCGGAAGUGAAUCCUAUAACGGCGCACGCCCCCAAAAUCAGCUGAUGGGGAUGACGUCACUCUGUAAAUGGCAGGAGUCCAUUACUAGCUAGACACUUUGAGACCUAAAGAGAUUAUCCGUUUCUUCAAGAAUGGCGUUUGUUAAAAGCGGAUGGCUUCACCGCCAGAGUACUAUCUUGCGUCGCUGGAAGAAAAACUGGUUUGACCUUUGGUCAGAUGGCCGUCUAAUUUUCUAUGAUGACCAGCAGCGGCGUGACAUGGAGGAUGAGAUCCAUAUGAGGGUGGACUGCAUUAACAUUCGCAAUGCCAAUGCAUGUCGAGAUCUAACACCUCCUGAAGGAAAAGGCAGAGAAGCCCUUCUACAAAUUGUGUGCCGUGAUGGACGUGUUAUCAGCCUCUGCGCAGACAGUGCAGACGAUGCCUUGGCCUGGACUGUGGCCCUUCAGGAUGCCAGAAUCAACACAGUGGUUGCACCCCCUCAGUUUGGUUUAACCCCGGAAGUUAUUGCCUCUGCUCCUCCUUCUUAUACAGAAUUAAACCCGACUCCUCAGGUAUACUACCCGGACCAAUACGGUGGCUAUGUGCCUUAUCCUCCUCCCCCCUAUGCCCCUAAUGCUGUGUACUCUGCAGGUGGGCACCAGUAUGCAUUUGCCUCCCCCUAUCACAACCAAGGAGUGUACCCUGCACACGAAGUCAACCAUGUGAUCAUUGAGGAGCGCCGGCGUGAUGAUGCAGGUGGUAUCGCUCUUGGCAUGCUAACUGGUGCUGCAACAGGAUUGGCUAUUGGUUCCCUGUUUUCUGUAUUUUAAUUUAAUAUGCAUCAUUCUGUCCGUUUGAGUCCCAACAUGAGAUGGAUUAGUUUUGUGCUACUGCUCUUAUCUUUGCUGCAAUCCCAUGCUAUAUGUAAUACUUAGACCUAAUAGACAUUAACUGCCUAACAGAUCACAAGCGCAGUUAAUUAGUCUGUAUGAACCAAAGCCUCAUGGUAGCAUUUAUAGCUUGGUGUGGGAGAGUUUGUUUUACACGUACAUUGUGAAAUGAAAUGAAGUGUUUGUGAACUGAGAUGGUAUUGAACAGGCGUCAGGGUGGCUGCGCAUGAAAAUUAGGUCACCUGCUUAGAUUGCAUUUGUAGGUUAAACCCAGUGAAAUGAAGUAUGACUGGUGAUUCUUUUUCAUUAUGGUGGCUUAAAAUGAUUGCCAUUGUAUUAAUUGUUCUUUCCCUGAGUCCAUGGGAUGUUUUUGAGCAGACCUUGGUAGUUAAUCAAACUGGACAAACAUGAGAUGAUAUUUGCUUGAAACUUACUACUAACAGUAGGUUUGCCGUGCAUAAACAUUUGAUGAUUCCUGAACUUAACAAGUUGUCAAUUGGUGGAAACCUGUAAUAUGUUAAGUGCAAUAAUUAAUGCAUUUUGGAAAGAUUCUGAUCUUGAUUUCGUCACAGGUCAAUGAUGGCCUUAUUUGGGAUGCUUUUAGACAUGCACAUACUUCCAUUGUGGCCUUACAGGGAGACCUAGAAAUCCAAGAAGCAGACCAUAUGCUAUAAAUAAUGAAAUAUGUUGAGAUUAUUUUCCCAUGUUUAACAAGUUGUAGCAGUUCAUUGAAUGGACAUGACCCAGUAUGUUGUAUUGAACUAGGUUGGUGGAAAAAUGCAAAUCUACAAUGGAUAUAAAAAGUUUACACACCCCUGUUAAAAUGGCAGGAUUUGUGAAGUAAAAGAAUGAAAUAAAUCAUGUCAGAUCUUUUUCCAAAUCUAAUGUGAAAUUGUGAAGUAUACAGAUACAGUGAAAAAGCAAUCAAACUUUUUUAGGGGAAAAAGGAAAAAUGGCAUUUCCUGUGUACAGCCCGCUUUGGGUCACCACACAGAUUUUUAGUUGGAUUCAGGUCUGGGUUGUGGCUAGGCCAUUCAGAAACAUUGAGCCUCUUUUGGUUAAACCAUUCCUUUGUUGAUUUUAAUGUAUGCUUUUGGUCAUUGUUGUGCUAAAAGAUGAAAUUUCAAAUUUCUUUUCAUCUUCAGCUUACUAUCAGACACCUGAAUGUUUUGCACUAAAAUCGGCUGGUAUUUGUAGCUAUUCAUGAUUCUCUCCACCUUGAUAAAUGCCCCAGUUCUGGCUGAAGAAAAGCAGCCCUGAUGCAUGAUGCUGCCGCCACCAUGCUUCACCGGGGGUAUGGUGUUCUUUUGUUGAUGUGCUUUUUCUUUGCACCAGACAUACCUUUUGGAAUUGGUCUCAUCAGACCAUAACACAUUUUGCUACAUGGUUGGGGGUGAUUUAGUUGAGCUUGGAUGCUUUUGUGAGAAAGGGAUUCCAUCUAGCCACCAUAACCCAUAGCUCAGACAUGUGAAGAAUAUGAGAGAUUGUUGUCACAUGCCGAGAGUAAUCGGUACUUGUCAGAUAAUGUUGCUGUAGGACUCUUUGCAACCUCCCGGGUAAGUUUUGUCUUGUCCUUUUGUCAAUUUUGGAGGGAUGUCCAGUUCAUGAUGUCACUGUGGUGCACCAUUUUCUCCAAGUGUCGAUGAUGGCCUUCACAAUGUGUUAUGGUAUAUCUAAUGAUUUGGAAAUUCUUAUAUACUCCUCUCUUGAUCUAUACCUUUUGUGAGAUAGUGUGAUAACGUACAUGAUUUAUUAGCUCUUUGCGGUCUGUGGCUUCAGCAGUCAAGAUAAAACCAAGGAGAUGACCAAGAAAAUCCUACCGAAACAGCUGGUCUUUAGGAUUAAUCAGAAUAACUUCAUUGACGACAGCUGUAUGAUAAUUAAUUUUUGAACAUGAGAUUGAAUGUGAUUGGGUCAGUCUGAGCUCAGCCACACUCCCAAUUAUAAAAGGCCGUGCACACUUGUGCAACGUGGUUAUUGUAAACUUUAACUCUUUAUUUUUCCCUAAAAUAUUUGUUUUUCACUUAAUUUUUUUAAUGUUGUAAUUUCACAUUGAGGGUGGAAAACGUUCUGAUAUGAUUUAUGUUGGUUAAAUUUUUUAUUAACAAAAAAACAUGCUAUUUUAACAAGUGUGUGUGUGUGGACUUUUUAUAUCCACUAUAGCUGCAUUUAAGAUGCAUUUUAUUUUCCUUUCUGUGCUGAAAGAUUGAAUUUAUGAACACUGCCACCAUAGCCAGAAAAUACACCUUUAGACGACCCACACCAGAGCUCAGAUUUAGAUAUUUAGAUUUAGGUAAUUCCGUAGCAACAGUUUAUUUUUAUGUAUAUUAGGCUAUCAGAGAAGCACUCCAGGAUUGCACGGGUGUGAGAGCUUGUUCUCCUGGCUUUACGUUCCUUCAGUGUUUUUCAUUGAACCCUCAUUUACUCUACACUUCUAAAGUGUUAAAUCUGAAGAACUUGAAAAGCCGUUAUAAUAAUAGAAUUUAUGAUAUUUGUUCCUUUUUUUGGAAAAUAAUUUUUUAAAAAGCUUCUCUCCAGUUUGAGUGUUAUUUAUCUGGUUUGAGUUUGUGGAAAAUGUCUUUAAUGCCUUGUGUGAUAGUUCUGUGUCUACAUUGUUUUUUUUUGUUGUUGUUGUUGUGUGAAGAAGUAAAAUGAAGCAGCACAUUUUAACCCA